AUGCAUCAGUCAUCGCCCAUUCUCGAUUCGUUAUCAUUGGUACGCCGUUUGAGUUUUUCCACGGACUUGGGCCGUCGAAUCUAUGGACUCGUUUUGCCCAGCCAUGAUCAGAUAUACAACACUCUCCUGGGAAUUUGUUUGGAGCAAUGCAAACUGUGCAAGAGUCGCAAGGUGUUCGACGGAAUGCCUCAAAGACUUUUCCAGGCCUUGAGAACCGGAAAAGCUGUCCAUUCCCAGAGCUUGAUACUUGGAAUCGAUUCAACAGGCAGGUUAGGCAACGCCAUUGUGGAUUUGUACGCCAAGUGUGCGCAAGUGUCUUAUGCCGAGAAGUUCUUCGACUCGCUUGAAAAAGAUGUAACGGCGUGGAACUCGAUGCUUUCCAUGUAUUCCAGUAUUGGGCUACCAGGAAAGGUCCUUACGAGUUUCGUAUCAUUGUUCGAGAAUCUAAUUUCUCCAAAUAAAUUCACUUUUUCGAUUGUUUUAUCAACCUGUGCCAGGGAGACCAAUUUAGAGGUUGGCAGACAGAUUCAUUGCAGUAUGAUCAAGAUGGGACUUGAGCGCAACUCAUAUUGUGGUGGGGCUCUUGUUGAUAUGUAUGCUAAGUGUGACCAUGUGGGUGAUGCUCGGCGAGUUUUCGAUGGGAUAGUGGAUCCUAAUACAGUUUGCUGGACAUGUUUGUUUUCUGGCUAUGUCAAGGCUGGUUUGCCAGAGGAAGCCGUCGUGGUUUUCAAGAAGAUGCGGGACGAAGGACAUCGGCCUGACCAUUUAGCUUUUGUGACUGUCAUAAACACGUACAUCAGUUUGGGGAAGCUGAAGGAUGCACGUUUGUUGUUUGGGGAGAUGCCAAGCCCUGAUCUGGUAGCGUGGAAUGUAAUGAUCUCAGGGCAUGGGAAGCGAGGAUGUGAGACAUUGGCUAUUGAAUACUUUCUCAAUAUGCGGAAAUCUGGUGUGAAAUCAAGUCGUUCGACACUAGGAAGCGUUUUAAGUGCCAUUGGACUUGUAUCGAAUCUUGAUUUGGGUUUGGUGGUUCACGGAGAGGCUAUUAAGGAAGGCCUUGACUCCAAUAUCUAUGUUGGAAGUUCUUUGGUCAGCAUGUACUCGAAGUGCGAGAAAAUGGAAGCUGCUGCAAAAGUCUUUGAGGCGUUGGAGGAGAGAAACGACGUCUUGUGGAACGCGAUGAUAAGGGGCUAUGCACAGAACGGCGACGCCCACAAGGUUAUGGAACUGUUUAUGGAUAUGAAAUCUGCUGGUUAUAACAUUGACGACUUUACGUUUACAAGCCUUUUGAGCACUUGUGCUGCAUCGCGUGAUCUAGAAACAGGAAGCCAGUUUCACUCCAUUAUCAUCAAGAAGAAGUUAACAAAAAACUUGUUCGUGGGGAAUGCAUUGGUAGAUAUGUAUGCAAAAUGCGGAGCUCUUGAAGAUGCGAGGCAGAUUUUUGAGCACAUGAGUGAUCGUGAUAAUGUUUCUUGGAACACAAUAAUCGGGAGUUAUGUCCAAGAUGAGAACGAGAGUGAGGCUUUUGAAUUGUUCAGGAGGAUGAAUUCGUGCGGUAUGGUGUCUGAUGGAACAUGUUUGGCUAGCACACUUAAGGGAUGUGCAAAUGUUCAUGGGCAUAGUCAGAAUGGUUUCUAUGAGGAGGCUUUGAAGUUGUACAAAGAAAUGCGUCAUGAUGGUGCUCUACCUGACCAGGCAACAUUUGUCACUGUUCUUCGAGUGUGUUCUGUGCUUUCCUCUUUAAGAGAAGCCAAGUAA